AUGGCGCCCGCGAUUAUGCGGAAGGGGCCAAUAGUUUACGAAGGCCAGGACAAAAACCCCGAGAUGUGCAGAGUCCUUCUAACACACGAAGUUAUGUGCAGUCGGUGUUGUGACAAGAAGAGUUGUGGCAACAGGAACGAGACUCCUUCAGAUCCAGUUAUUAUAGAUAGAUUUUUCCUGAAGUUCUUUUUAAAGUGCAAUCAAAAUUGUUUGAAGAAUGCCGGCAACCCUAGAGAUAUGAGAAGAUUUCAAGUGGUAAUAUCAACGCAAGUGAUGGUCGACGGUCCGCUGCUGGCGAUAUCGGACAACAUGUUUGUGCACAACAACAGCAAGCACGGCCGGCGCGCCAAGCGGCUCGACCCGACUGAAGGUAUUGACGCCGCCUCCGACACCACUUCAGGUCUAUAUCCUCCCCUCCCUGUGGCAACGCCGUGCAUAAAAGCCAUCUCUCCCAGCGAGGGUUGGACGUCAGGCGGCUCAACAGUCAUCAUCGUGGGGGACAACUUCUUCGACGGACUGCAGGUCGUGUUCGGGACUAUGCUGGUAUGGAGUGAGUUGAUAACGUCGCACGCGAUCCGAGUGCAGACGCCGCCGAGACAUAUACCAGGAGUUGUGGAAGUCACCCUGUCGUAUAAGAGCAAGCAGUUCUGCAAGGGGGCGCCCGGCAGAUUCGUCUAUGUUUCAGCGCUGAACGAGCCGACGAUAGAUUACGGGUUUCAGAGGCUUCAGAAACUCAUACCGAGACAUCCGGGCGACCCUGAGAAAUUACCAAAGGAGAUAAUCCUAAAACGAGCAGCAGACUUGGCAGAAGCGUUGUACUCCAUGCCGAGGAACAACCAGCUCGGUCUGGGCGCUCCUCGAUCACCGCCAGCGAGUAUGCCUUUCAACUCCUACACGGGCCAGCUGGCUGUCAGCGUCCAGGAUACGGCAGCGUCGCAGUGGACUGAAGAGGAGUACGCGAGGAGCGGCGGGUCUGUGUCUCCCCGGUACUGCUCGGCUGCGUCUACCCCCCACGCCGCGUCCUACCCACACCCUCAGCACUACCCCGCGCCGCCGACGUCACUCUUCAAUACUACCUCGAGAAUGGGAGGUCUAGUGUCAUCGCCUUUUAGUGUAAACCCCUUCUCACUGCCAACGUGUAGCGCGCAACAGUACGCGCAACAGGCGCAACUGGCCUCCAAGUAACACAGUCUGUAACAUUAAAACACACAGCUUGUAACGUGAGUUAGGGCCCACUUGGACGGUACGAGAACUCGCAUACGAGUUUUAUUACAUUGCCGUAUUUGAUGGCUGUGCAAAAUUUUAUUGUAUGUAACCUCAACAGACCGCAAUGAACUAAAAUCGCAUGCGAGUUCGCACGCCGUCUAAAUCAGGCCUAAAGGUCCAUACUUGUAACGUCAUCUGUUACACUGCGUAAAGUAAGACCAUGUAACUAUCUGUAAAUUAAAUCCAGGAGUUUGUAAAUAAAAUUGUAUUUUAUAUGUAAAUAGUAGAAUAAUUAUAAGAACUCACACUUAUUAGUUUAUUUGCUAGAUCAAAAAGAAAAUGUAGAUUUUAUAUAAAUAAAAAAAACAGAUGCCCUAAGUAAAUAAUCUAUAAAUCUGCUCAAGUCUCGGGCACCGCAUCUAAAAUCCACCAGAAAAAUUGUAAUUGUAUGUUUUUUUGUAACAUCUGUGAUAUAUUUAUUGUAAGAAACGUUGUAAAUUUUGCUGUAAUCAUGUGUAAAUUUUCUUAUUAUUAGAACUAAUUUCAAUUCAUGGCUUUAGGUUUUGUGAAUGUGACUUCGUGUGUAAAUCUUAAAAUUUUACGAGUAUUCUGUAGGAUUAUUUUGUAACAUUUUCCUAUCCGUAUACUUACGCAAAAAAAAAAAUUGUCUUAAACUUUAAGCACGUAUCUUAAAGAAAUGGUACAGAAUUUGUCUACAGAGUAAACCUACAUGAAUGUUGAUCAUAUCUAUGAAUCGAAACAAAACAUAUCCUGUUUGCUAAUGUACCCACAUAAUGGAACUACGGAGCGAUAAAAAACAACGAAAAAUUCUAUAUUCAGAAUAAUGUAUACGAAAAACAUAAAUUUCCUUUAGAGCUCCAACAGUGGGAGAUUUUCAUGGAUUUCCUUCCCGAAUAAGAAAUAAGUAGUCGCGUAUAUUGUUUAUCUGUAUCGAAUAAGAUUUGUACAUUGUAAUCGUUCGGAGACAAAUCACGAAAUACAA